GCAGUGUGUAUAGCAACCCAAUAUGAUUGGGCAGCAAAGCUUUUAUAUUUUAUAUGAAAAUAAUGUGUUUCUCUCUAUAAUUUAUGAAAUGUGAGAUGAAAUAAAACCGUCUUUUGUUUAGCUAUGGAAAAACAUAUGACCAAAGUUGCUGAAAAACAUGGGAAAGAUGGUUUAUGCUUCCACUGGGGCUAUGGCUGCAGGACGAUGGUGAUAGUUUCAAGUCCUCAAGCUGUCAAGGAACUAGCAUUCCAUCCAAAUCUGUCGGAUAAACCACAUUUCGCAUACCGAUCGCUUACCCCCUAUUUCCUAGGACCUUUUAUCACAUCCCGAGCGGAUGAUUUAUGGAAACUAAAGAAAAAGGAAUAUAGUACUUUUUUGAAAAAAUCGCAUGUAGACAGAGACUACUUAAAUACUUUAGUUAAAAUCUCCGAUAAACUGAUUGAUUUCAUGUUGACUUCACCCUCAGCUGUUGAUGUGAAUUAUGGGACCUUAGUAUUAACUCAAAGUGUCACUGUGGAAGCUCUAUUUCGUAACGAAACCAGUUUAGUAUAUCAUCCCCAUGUUUUGAAAUUAAUGAAAUGGUUAAAAUACUUAGCACCAAUUAUUAUGGGCAACCCGAAAUUAUCAGAAACAAUAUUAACCAUGUUUCGAAAAAUAGAUAGAAUAGUCAUAGCUGAAAUUGGAGAAUUACGGAAAACGCUUUUUGAAAGAAGCCUAAAUACAUCGGUAUCUAACCAGCAUUCUCCUUCAGCUAAGAAUAAGUCUCUAUCAAUGCAUAUGACAGAAAGAUCGAUAAAACAUAAUGAUAGUGAAGAGUCAAUAAUAAAGGAGUUACAGGAACUGUUCUUUACAUCUUCCCAUACUGUAACUUGUGCACUUGCAAACUCGAUUAUUUAUUUAGCUCUUCUACCUGAUAUACAAGAAAGAGCUUGGAAAGAACAACAUCAAAUAUUUGGUAAUGAUAAAAGAUGUCCAAGAAUUGAGGAUAUAGAACAAAUGGAGUUCCUUGAUAGGUUCAUAAAAGAAACUUUGAGGUUUGUCAGUCCUGCCAUGUUUGCAAAGUUGGCUACUGGAGACAUAAAUAUAAAUGGAAUUACAAUACCUUCAGGGACUGGUGUGAUGUUUAUGCAUAGAUACAUGAGAAUGGACCCAGAAAACUGGAAAAAUCCUGAAGUUUUCGAUCCAGAUCGCUUCCUUGAAGACAAUGAAAUAAUGAAACAUUCUUAUUUCCCAUUUGGAAUAGGUAUACGAAGCUGCCCAGGUACAUACUUCGCAACAAUGGAGAUGAAAAUUACAUUGUCACAAAUAUUGAGAAGACUGAAGCUUAGACCUGUUCAAGAAGAUUUUCGAUUCGAAGAUAUCCAAUAUGAAUGUGCCAUUAUGGUUGAAGUGAAAAAUCCUCCUUUGCUGAAAGUUGAAGAAAGAGCAUGAUUUAUUUAUUAUGAUUUUAAUGUCCUCUAUUUUUAUUUUCACCCGCGUCUGAUAGAUUAUGUGGACAACAAGUAAAUGGUACUGUAAUUCUAGAAGAUGAUUAGGGAAGGAUUUUAAUACAAGUCUUAUGAUUAUUAAUUUACAAUUUAUUAAAUAUCUAAUUUUAAGUAA